UAGUUACAACUCUACAAUAAUUUAAGCACACCGCCUCUACCCGCCUGAAUCCCCAAUGACGACCGAUAUGGGUCCUCCGCCGCCCCGUAACCCUAGCCCCACCGCCACCACCUCCACCUCCACCUCCGAUCAAUCUCCACCGGCAGAAACCAUCACCACAACAAACAUGCCAGAUGAAACGAAGAAGACUCUUAUGCCCCCUCCUCCGCCCAUACAACUCCCCAAAAACACCGAACCAGAUAAAUCCGUACAACCUAACGAACCACAGCCACCUGAGAACGCUUCCACUGAUCCGCCCGGUAAUUCUACCACCGGUGAAGAUGCUAGUUUGCUAGAGAGUAAGAAAAAAGUGCAGAAACCGUCCGGCAAUGCCGGUGGUGGUGGAGUAGCGGUUCCGUAUACGAUUCCUUCAUGGAGUGAACCUCCUUGCCAUAAUUAUUUUCUAGAAGUACUUAAAGAUGGAUCGAUUAUUGAUCAAUUAGACGUGCAUGAGAAGGGAGCUUACAUGUUUGGGCGAGUGGAGCUUUGUGAUUUUAUUCUUGAGCAUCCAACUAUUUCUCGGUUUCAUGCUGUUCUGCAGUUCAACAAAUCUGGUGGUGCUUUUAUCUAUGAUCUGAGUAGCACACAUGGCACGUUCAUAAACAAAAACCAGGUGAAGAAAAAGGUGUAUGUUGAGCUGCAUGUUGGUGAUGUUCUUCGAUUUGGCCAUUCAUCUCGGUUAUACAUAUUUCAAGGACCAUCUGACUUGAUGCCUCCAGAAAAAGACUUGAAGAGUAUUAGGAACAUCAAGAUGCGAGAUGAAAGGCGUGACAUGGAAGCUUCACUCCUACGAGCAAAACGGGAAGCAGCACUUGCAGAUGGUAUCUCAUGGGGAAUGGAUGAGGAUGCUGUUGAAGAAGAUGAGGAUGAUCUUGAUGAAAUAACGUGGCAAACGUUCAAAGGUCAGCUUACAGAAAAGCAGGAAAAAACUCGUGAGAAGGUUUUGAAGAGGCUUGAAAAGAUUGCUAAUAUGAAGAAGGAGAUAGAUGCUAUACGUGCAAAGGACAUCGCACAAGGUGGUUUAACACAAGGACAACAGACUCAGAUUGCUCGUAAUGAACAGAGAAUGGCUCAGGUUGCAGAAGAGCUUGAAAAUUUGGAAGAAACCCUAAAUGACAGUAUUCGAGAAAGUUUAGGUGCGCGUGUUGGUAGGGUGCAUGGUAAGAAAAAAGGAGCUACCGCGGAUGAUGAAGAUGAAUACGUGAGUGAUGAAGACGACUUCUAUGAUCGAACAAAGAAGAAACCCUCUAAACAGAAGGGUACGGAUGGCAAGUCGUCAGUUGAAACAGCUGAUUCGCUUAUAGAAAAGAAAGACGCCAUUAAUAAACAAAUUGAAGAAAAGAAGAAAUUGCUUGCUGAUGAAAAGAACAAAGUGGUCCCCACCAACGAUGACGUGGCUGAAACUGGAGAUGAACUUGACGCAUUCAUGUCUGGACUCUCGUCUCAGCUAGUGCAUGACAAAACAAAGUCGAUCCAGAAUGAAUUAGAUGAACUGCAUUCAGAGCUGGAACGAGUAUUGUAUUUGCUGAAAAUAGCCGAUCCUACCGGAGAAGCUUCUAGAAAACGGGAAUCUGUUAAACCAGAUGAUAUUCUCAAAACACCGGUUGUGAAAACAGCACCUGUCGAGAAGGCUAAAAAAAACGUCCAAAAACAAGCUGCCGACGGCGCUACAAAAGCAAGCAAGAAAGAGGAGUCACCUGAGGUUGCCGUAACAAACGCAACAGAACCAAAACCUGUUGUUGUGUAUACUGUCACUAAGCCGCAAUGGCUCGGGGCUGUAGAAACUAAAGAAACAAAAAAGGCUGAGGAGACACCAUCGGUUGCGGUGGAACCGGAACCGGAGUCAGAUGGGUUUGUAGACUACAAAGACAGAAAGGAGGUUUUGGUGAAUAAUACUAGCGACCUUGAAAGUGCGGCACCGGGUCUGAUUAUAAGGAAGAGAAAACAGGUUGAGGAAAAGGAUAAGGUUAAAACUGUAAAUUCAGAACCGGUUGAGUCGCCAGUAGUGGAUAUUGCAGCGGAAGAUGCUGUAGCAUUGUUGUUGAAACACACGAGAGGCAUCCAAGACGAAGAGAUGCAAAGUAGCGAGGCUGAGAAUGGAAAGAAAAAGGCUAAAAAGGCAAAAAAGGUCCUGGGCCCCGAGAGACCUUCGUUUUUGGACAGUGAAACGGAUUACGAGACUUGGGUGCCUCCAAAAGGUCAAUCAGGUGAUGGCCGGACGUCGCUGAAUGAUCGUUUGGGAUAUUAGGUACCGGUGACACUAGUGUAACCAAUCUUCACACUGUAGAAACCAAUCGAUUAAGAGACGUGUUGGUCAUGCAUUAUUUGAUCUUUGUAUGUUAUGAAGAUUGUGUACACUUUCUCUGUAAAACAAAUUACAAAGUUGAAAUUAUUUGAUUAUGAUCA